CUGCACUCCCCCACACCCACAUUAUGAGAGCUAUGCAGGGUACGGGCCUCUUGAGGGCUUGGUCGGCACUGGGUGCUGCGCCGCGGAACAGUGGUUGGUCGAUGGGCCAGGCUAUGGUGGUGGCUGGCUCGGCGAGGUGCUUCUCGGCAAGCUCUGCGACGGCGAGCUGGUUUGGUGGGAGUGGGAGCGAGGAGGAGACGGCCGGCGCGACGGGCGCGGGCAACGCAGGUGUGGCCUCGCUGCCGGAUGCUGGCGGUGAGAGCGUGGGCGGCGAGGCGAUGACGGAUUUGGCGACGACGAUGGCGUCGGCAGAUGGCGUGGAGGAGGUUGUGAACGGGCUGAUCAACCCGGGCGGCUUCUCGCCGAUCUACUGGGCGUGCGAUGGGCUGCAGGCGCUGCAGGCUGCGUCGGGACUUCCGUGGUGGGCGACGAUUGUGGCGACGACGGUGGCGGUGCGGACGGCGCUCCUGCCGUUUGCCAUCAAGCAGAUGAAGUUUACCGGGCGAGUCCAGCAGGUCCAGCCGAAGAUCCAGUACCUGACAGCCAAGAUGAAGGAGCACACGCCGGGCUCUGAGCUGCACAACAUGUACGCCAUCCAGCUGCGUGAUCUCGUGCAGAAGCACGACGUGAACCCGCUCAAGAUGUUCAUGUUCCCGCUCAUCCAGGCACCGGUCUUCAUCUCGAUGUUUAUGGCGCUGCGGCGGCUUGCCGAGAACGGCACCUUUGUCGAUGGCCUCACGUCCGGCGGCGCCCUGUGGUUCAGCGACCUCUCGGCAGCGGACCCGUACUACGUGCUCCCGCUGGUGGCCGGUGGCUCGUUCCUGGCCACGGUCGAGCUUGGCGCCGAGAUGCCGAACGUGCAGCAGCGGUCGACGAUGAAGAACGUCAUGCGCGGCCUGGCGGUCGUCAUGGUGGCGGCGACGUACUCGUUCCCGGCCUCGGUCUUUAUGUACUGGAUCAGCUCCAACUCGUUCUCGCUGGCGCAGGCUAUGGCCUUCCGCGUUCCGGGCGUCAAGGACGCGCUUGGCAUCCCGCCGCCGCCGGACCCGUCCAAGGCGCCGCCGAUGCCGGCGUCGGCCGGGGCCCAGGACGCCGGCUCGGCCUUCCAGGAGCUCAAGGACGCGUUCAACAAGCAGAAGAGCCUUCGCGACGAGAUCAAGUCGCGGACCGAGGCCCGUGAGGCCCGCAAGACGGCCGCCGACGAGCCGGCCGCCGCUGUCGCCUCGGCCGCCACCGGCCUCGACUCGGCCAACGCGCUGCACGCCGAGCCGGCUCCGGUCACCGACGUUCGCCCGGCCAUGACGGCCGCCGAGAUGCUGGCCGCUGGCGCGGCGACGCCGCCGGCCGCCACCGCCUCCGCGCAGCGCGUGAUCAAGCGCGGCGGAACUCGCCACAACCCAACCAAGACCCGCGCCAAGGGCCGGUCGUACGGCCGCAAGCGCGGCAAGUAA